AGUAUGUUGGCUCCUGGGUACUAGAAUCGGUCCUAUAUUAUAUAUAACAAAGAGAAGAGAUCGUAAAAGUUAUUGUUAUAACUAAUAAAGCACAAAUUAAAGAGAAGAGAAAAAGUAAAAUACCCAAUAUCAUCAUUACCACCAUCAUAACUCAAACCCCACUCAAAUUCCAAACAUUAUUUCUCUCUCUCUCUCUCUCUCUCUCUCUCCCCUUCUCCCAUCUCUUCUACCACUUUAAUUUUCCACCACCUUUUGUGUUUCUGCCCCAUCUCCUGUCUCAACCUUCCAUCUCUCUCUCUCUCUCUCUUCCCAGUUGGCCGGAUAAUUAAGAAGACAAGGAAGAAGGAGGAUUGCAAUUUUCAGAAACAAAGUUGAAAAGAAUUAUUAUGGAUACAAGAAUCAUCAUUUGUUGCCGCUUUGCAGUUGGAGUAUUAAUUCACCUCGCUGCUCUUCUACUCUGUUCAGGUUCAAGUGUGAAAGCAACACAACACAGAAAACUAUCACUAUCAGUAUCAGUAUCAAUAUCCACAAGGCAAAUGGACAUAACUACCCCUAUCACAACUGUUCCAACAACUACUAAUCCCAAAAUUGUAAACCCAACCGAUUCGAAUCCAGAACUUCCAGUAGUAAUGAAUCCGGCUAAUCCAAUAACCACAACUCCAUUAUCCACAAACUCUCCAUUAUCAUCAUCAUCGGCCGGAAGUUGGUGUGUGGCUGUCCAAUCUGUGCCGCAAGCGGCAUUACAGGCGGCGUUGGACUAUGCAUGUGGCCAAGGUGGUGCCGAUUGCUCUGCCAUUCAGCCCGGUUCUGGUUGUUAUAAUCCCAACACCAUUCGAGAUCAUGCUUCGUAUGCAUUCAAUACUUACUAUCAGAAGAAUCCGAUUCCGACUAGCUGUAACUUUGGUGGUACUGCUGUUACAACAAGUACCGAUCCAAGUUACGGUACAUGUCAAUAUCAAUCAACAAGCACAAGUUCAUCUGUAUUGAAUAUAACCAAUUCGAUUGGAUCCCGAGUCUUUGGUGCCGGUCGACCAAUCACUCCUGCUACUUCAGCAGCUGCAAUGCCACGUUUUAUCCAUCAUCUUCACUUUAUAUUAUUAGUAUCUCAAGUGAUUAUUAUAUUUUCUGUCCAUGAUAUAAUCAAUUAAAUAUUCUCGGCUUUUUUUACAAAGGAUUGUAGCAAAUUUAUUGGUUUGAACGUACCAUGCAUUAAUGUCAACUCUUGAUGAAAAUUCACCUAAAUGGAGUGUAUAGAUAGAUAUAGAUGAAGAGGAAAGAAGCAAUUUGGUGGAAUUUUUGUAUUUCUUUUAAUUUAGUGAUCUAACUAUUAAUUAAAUUUUUUUUUUGGUGUUUGGAA